CGGUUCAAAUUGAAGUGUGGAUUUGUCUGUGUAUUCUUAUGGAUAUGAAAUGAAUUUUUCUGGAAAUAUGUAUUUGUAAUUGAUUUUGAAAGAAUAAAGUAUUUGGAAGGAUUCCCCACUAAUUGGAGAUAUGAGUGAUCCGUACGUGUGCUUUAAACCACCUCCGGAGGCACCGGUGUUCACUCCAACAGAAGAGGAAUUUGCUGAUCCACUGGGCUACAUAGCCAAAAUUCGUCCAGUGGCUGAAAAAUCAGGAAUUUGUAAAAUAAAGCCACCACCGGAUUGGCAACCACCCUUCGCAGUUGAUGUGGAAACAUUUAAAUUUACUCCGAGGAUACAGAAACUUAACGAACUGGAGGCAAAAUCUAGGAUUAAAUUGAAUUUUUUGGAUCAGCUUGCUCGAUUCUGGGAGCUUCAGGGUUGUUCUUUGAGAAUUCCUACUGUGGAAAGGAAACUCUUGGAUCUAAAUGACUUGUACAAGAAUGUUGAUGCAGAAGGAGGAUAUGAAUGUGUAAAUAAUGAAAGAAAAUGGUCAAAAGUUUCUACUAAAUUAGGAUUUCCCACCGGCAAGGGUAUAGGCAGUAUAAUUAGAUCUCAUUAUGAAAGAAUUCUUUAUCCAUAUCUUCUGUUUAAAAAAGGAGAGACAUUGAAAUUUGAUAAGUUGAAGAAAAGUAAUGAGGAAGAAGAUAAAACAGAUGGUGAAUAUAAACCACGUAAAGUAGAAGCUGAUUCUACAAGUGGUCAUGGACGUAAAGCUACAAGAUCAAAUAAAGAAGAACCAGUUAUUAACUACAGUGCUAAUUCAGAGUUGAAGAAGUUACAGUUUUUUGGUGCUGGUCCCAAGGCUGCUGUCCCAUCAGGUCCUUCAGAUGAGAAAAACGAUGUAAAAGAUUCAAAAACUGGUAAAUCUAAGUCCAAAAGUCAUCAUGAUAAUAUAUUUGAUGAAGGUGUAUUCUCUGCUGUGUUUGAUAAAUAUCAUUGUCGUACAUGCGGUAGAGGUGAUGGAGAUGAGUAUAUGUUAUUAUGUGAUGGGUGUGACGAUGCCUUCCAUACAUAUUGUUUAAUACCACCAUUAGCUGAAGUACCUAAAGGUGAUUGGAGAUGUCCUUACUGUGUUAAACAGGCUUGUAGCAAACCUCAAGAUCCAUAUGGAUUUGAACAGUCAAAGAGAGAAUACAGUUUACAGUCAUUUGGAGAAAUGGCUGACCAUUUUAAAUCUACUUAUUUUAAUAUGCCAGUUCAUAUGGUACCAACGGAGUCCGUAGAGAAAGAAUUUUGGAGAUUAGUGAGUUGUCUAGAAGAGGAUGUUUGUGUACAGUAUGGAGCGGAUAUUCAUGCCUCAGAAAUGGGAAGUGGAUUUCCAACUGCAAGUACAAAACAUCUGUGUCCUGAGGAUGAGGAGUAUGUGAACUCAGGCUGGAAUUUGAAUAAUUUAGCUGUGUUGGAACAAUCUGUAUUGUGUCAUAUUAAUGCAGAUAUAUCUGGUAUGAAGAUACCCUGGUGUUAUGUUGGAAUGUGUUUUUCCAGUUUUUGUUGGCAUAAUGAAGAUCAUUGGAGCUAUUCUAUCAAUUAUCUUCAUUGGGGUGAACCAAAGACGUGGUAUGGCGUACCAGGAUCUAAAGCAGAAGAAUUUGAACUGGCAAUGAAACAUACAGCACCAGAAUUAUUUGAGACGGCACCAGAUUUACUACAUCAACUUACAACUAUUAUGAACCCUAAUAUAUUAACAGAACAGGGAGUGCCUAUCUGUCGAACAAAUCAACAUGCUGGUGAAUUUAUUGUAACAUUUCCUAGAGCUUAUCAUGCAGGUUUUAAUCAAGGCUAUAACUUUGCUGAAGCUGUCAAUUUCUGUCCUGCUGAUUGGUUGAAUACUGGUAAAGCCUGUAUAGAACAUUAUAGACAACUAGGACGCCAGUGUGUUUUCUCUCAUGAAGAAUUGGUGUGUAAAAUGGCUGCAGAGCCAAACAGCCUAGACUUGAAUCUUGCAGCAGAAACGCACCGAAAUCUUCUUACCAUUGUGGAUGAAGAAAGGAAAUUACGCAAAAAUCUCUCAAAAAAGGGUAUGGUACAUGCUGAAAGAGAAGCAUUUGAACUAUUACCAGAUGAUGAAAGACAGUGUGAUUAUUGUAAAACAACAUGUUUUCUAUCAGCUGUAACAUGUGACUGUAGACCUAAUAAGGUUGUUUGUUUACAUCAUGUAUCUAAGUUAUGUUCAUGUCCCUCCAGUAAUCUAUGUUUAAGAUAUAGAUAUAGUCUAGAUGAACUACCUGCCAUGUUGGACAGGUUAAAAAUUAGAGCAGAAUCAUUUGAUAACUGGAAUUUAUCAGUUAAAACAGCUCUUGAAGCUAAAGAUGAUGAUAAACUUGAAUUAUCUGAGCUAAGAGAGUUAAUAACUGAAUUUGAGGAGAAGAGAUUUCCAGAAACAGAGUUAUAUCAGACGUUAGUCAUGUCCGUUACAGAAGCAGAGAAAUGUGCAGACGUAGCCAAUCAGCUUGUCAGUAAAAAAGUCAGAACCAGGAACCGGCAAUCAAUAGAAGGAAAGUAUAUAGUUAAAUUAACUCAUGAAGAACUGAGUGGUUUCUAUGAACAGGUUGUUGGACUGCCAUGUAAAAUAAAAGAAACUAAAUUAAUUAAGGAGUUAUUGAACAAAGUAAAUGAGUUUCAGGAUGAAGCUCAACAAGCCCUGGAAGCUGAAACUCCUGAUUCUGAGAAGUUAGAAAAACUUAUUGAUCUGGGAUUAACUUUAGAUGUUGAUUUACAGGAAAUACCAAAGCUGCGACAGGUUUUAUUACAAGCUAAAUGGUUAGAUGAUGUACGAGUUACCUUACAAGAUCCACAGAGUGUUACAUUAGAUAUAAUGCGUAAAAUGAUUGAAGCGGGUGUAGGUUUAACACCCCACCCAGCUGUAGAGAAAGCUAUGGGAGAAUUACAAGAAUUAUUAACUAUAAGUGAAAGGUGGGAAGAAAAGGCCAGAAUAUGUCUACAAGCUAGACCAAGACAUGUUAUGGCCACACUAGAAGGUAUUAUAAACGAAUCAAAAGUAAUACCAGCUUAUUUACCUAAUGUUAGUGCUUUAAAAGAAGCUGUGAGGAAAGCCAGAGAAUGGUCUAAUAAAGUUGAUUCUAUACAGAAUGGUGAUUCACACCCAUAUGUUGAUGUAUUAGAGAGUUUAGUCAAUAAAGGCCGGCCUAUACCUGUGAGAUUAGAUGUUUUACCCCAGAUAGAAGCUCAGGUUACUACGGCUAAAUCAUGGAAAGAAAGAACAGCCAGAACAUUCCUCAAGAAAAACUCAACUUAUACAUUACUAGAGGUUUUGUCUCCACGUAUUGAUAUUGGUAUAUAUAGUAGUGGUAAGAAUAAGAAGAAAAAGAUAAGAGAAGGAGAACGUAAAGAUGGAGAGAAUAAUAAUAAUGGUGAUUUUAAGAUAGAAGAAACACGAGAUCCGGCAGCUAUUGUAGCAUCAUUUAAAGCAGCUGAGAAUCAUGAAUAUGAAUUAAUGAAAGAAUUACGACAUAGAAACUGUGAGAAAAUAUUGUCCCAAUCUAGUGAUGCCAAGUUCUGUGUAUGUAGAAAAGGUGCAUCUGGUAUGAUGUUACAAUGUGAACUAUGUAAAGACUGGUUUCAUGGCACUUGUGUUCCCCUACCAAAAUCAUCUAAUUUGAAAAAUAAAACCUCUCAAGCUGCAGUCAUGCAAGCAGCUAAAGACAUGAAAUUUUUAUGUCCAUUAUGUUUACGCUCACGUCGUCCGCGAUUGGAAGCCAUUUUGUCUCUGUUAGUGUCACUACAAAAAUUGCCAGUACGUCUGCUAGAGGGUGAAGCAUUACAGUGUUUAACGGAACGUGCCAUGGCUUGGCAAGAUAGAGCCAGACAAUCAUUAACAACCACAGAACUAGCUUCGGCUUUAGCCAAACUCAGUGUUUUGAGUCAGAAAAUGGUUGAACAAGCAGCCCGGGAAAAAACCGAAAAAAUAAUCAAUGCUGAACUGAUGAAAGCUGCAAGUAAUCCUGAUUUACAGGAUCACUUGGCUAGUGUUACACAAAGUGCGUUUAGUGGUAUGAAUACCGUUGCUACCAUGUCACGAGAAGGUACCAUGUCGUCUGUGUAUGGUGUUACCGUGGAUACAGACAGUUCACAAUCAUCAAUACAGAUGUCACCUCAAUCCUCACAAAUGUCUGACGAUUUACCGGGAGAAGUGGAGGCAACAAUUCCAUCCGGAAUGACGUCAGAACAUGCUUAUUCUUCAGUCUCUAAAGCUACUACCACAUCAUCACCUAGAAAACAUCAACGUAAGACACCUCUUAUUCCCCGUCAGUUAGAGACACCAGCACUAGAGUUAUCAAUAACUGCUCGACAACAAUUAGAAGAUUUAAUGAUGGAGGGAGACUUGUUAGAGGUUUCUCUGGAUGAAACACAACACAUCUGGAGAAUAUUACAAGCCUGUCAACCCAGAACUGAUGAUAAAUUCUUAGAAUUUGAGGAUGCUGAAGGGACAGAGUUAAUACCUCGAGAAAAAGUUGAUAAAACAAAAGUCAAAAUAAAGAAGGAAGACAAAGAGAAGAAAUUGAAACGAAAGAAGAUAAUCGGUCCAGAUGGUGUGGAGAUUAUUUCUCCCAAGAAAAACAAAACCAACCAAGAUCCAGAUAAACCUAAGAAAAGAAAAAUAAAGAUAAAAACUAAAGAUUCUAGUAUUACAUUAGAGGCAGUAGAAAAGGAAAACACAGGUAAAGGAAAAGAUAAAAGUCCGGAAAAGAAGAAAGAGAAAAUUAAAAAGAAGAGAAAAGGCAAGUUAAAUCCUGAUGGUACACCUAUAGAAAGAAAGAAACGGAUUAAAAAAGAGAAGAAAUUAUUAGGUGAUGAUGAUGAUGAUGAAGAAGCAGCUGAUGAUGAUUGUUCUGCUAUCAAGUGCCUUCGUCCAUCAGGUGAUGAAGUAAACUGGGUACAGUGCGACAAGUGUGAAUUAUGGUUUCACCUUCUGUGUAUUGGUCUUGCAUCAGAUGAAGUAACAGAAGAAGAGGAUUAUGUGUGUUUCCAAUGUGUGCAGAUAACUCGUGGAGUUAUUCCCCCUUUCCAGCAUAUUAAACAAGAAGACGAUUACAUGUUAUCCAGAGAUAAUUCAAUGGUGGAUAAUUCGCAAGAUCUGUCAAUCAAAGAAGAAGCGGAAGAUUUUGAGGAGGAAAUGGAUAGUGCCGCACCUGGGGAGGAAAAUGUAGAAACUCUAAUGGAGGAUAACUCUGUUGAUAGUGUUCAAACCGAUAACAAUGUAGAAACCGCAGAUAACUUGCUGUGUGAAGAAACAUUAGAACCUGAAACCUGUGACAAUGCUGACGUUAGUGAAGAGUUAAUUGCCCCUGACACAUUAUCUACUGUCGAGGAUCAAUCACAGCCAAUAUCUAGUGUUGUUAGUGUGGAACCUCAAACGGUAUUAUUGCAAACGGACAAUGAUAUAGAUUCAGAAAAUGAAGAAAAUGUUGAACCUUUAGCUUCGUUUGAGAUUCCAUCGUAGCCCUGUCUGAAUUUGUCCUGUCUCAUUUCCUCCUAUUUACAAAUGUCACAUAGAGAUUCUAGAAUGGAUGUUAAUUGAAAAAAAGCAUAGGAAGUCUACACAAAAUAAAAAGAUCAAUUUCCGAGAGUAUACAAGAUUUAUCCUUUUAUUAAGGAUUGGAAUAGUCUCAUUAUUUUUUCGGUCACACUAAUGAUGAGAUGGGGUUGGUGUGGGGGUGUCUUGUGAUUCAGGUUACAAGAAUCAGUGGCGAAUUGUGUUGUGAAGUUUUAAUUAAAAAUCGAUUAAUGUUGAAUAAAACUAGGUGUGAAAUAUAAACCAGUCUAUAUUUUGGAUUACUACACAGAGAAUGAGUGAAGGGAUGAAGAUAGUGAGAUUGUUUUAUUUUCAUGUUGUUAAUGAUAUUUUUUGUUGUAAAGUUAUGGCAAUAUUAUAUAAUGUAAAUAUUAAAGAUGAAGUCAUUUAUUAUUUAUUUAUAAUCUUUCAUACAUCUAUUUGUUUCUUGUAUUUUGACGUAUAUUAUCCUAUUUUCUCUGCAUAUUCAUAUUUCUAAUUAUAUAUCAUACAUUGCAUUACAUCUUACAUACGCUUAUAUAUUUCAUUACUAUUUAGUGCUUUACAUACAAUUCUGUUUUAGCUCUGUGAAUUAACUUUGUGAAACUGAUGUUUUUACAAGUCUUGGUAAAAAAUUGAAUAUUUCAUUGAAUUGUUCUAAAUUAUGAAAUGCUUUCAUGUUCAUAAAUGGUAGAAAACCAUUUUGUUUAGCUGUUGGAAUCUGUAUUAAAAUAAAAGAAAUUAUAUCUGAGAAUGUGUUGUGGUGAUCUGGAAUGAUGCUAAUUUUUUUUUUUCUAAAGCAAUCUUGGCCAACAUCUAUCCACCCUUUGGUGUUUUUGUUGAAAAUCUAAUUCAGGGAGUUAUUUUCAAACAUUGUAAUUAAAUCAAUGUUAAAUCUCAAGCAGAGAUCCUAAUUCAUCUCAAAUUGUGUUUCUUUGAAUUGAAAACCAAAUUUGUUAUGUGUCACUAGUGUUUUGUUAUUUAUUAUUUUGUCAUCAUUUCUCUGUGUUAUUUGUUACUUUAUAUGUUAUUUUAAAGUAUUCAACGAACUUUCCGAGAUGGUGAAAGUCUGUAAUUCAGUUUACUUUAAUAUGGUUAAUUAACACUUAGUUUGUUUUUUUGUGUUUUUUUUUUUAUACAAAUAAUUAUUGACAUGAAAUUUAAAAAAAAUAUUUAUAUUUUUUUUAAUGUGUACUUAUGCAUUUAUUUCAGUUAUGACUAAUAAAUUAAGAGCAAACAGGGUGACUAUUUUUAUUAAAUUUUUUAAAAUAGGAAGUUAUUGUCAGAAUAUAACAACUUUAGAUGAAUGUUGUGUCUACAAAUAUAUUAGUAAUAAAGGUUUGUCUGAGUCAGCGAGUGUAUGAUAUAAAUGCAAAUAUAAAUGUACACAUUUCAAAAUAUAUAUAUAUAUAUCAUUAUAUAAACGUUAUAUGUAUAUAAUUUGUGUUUUACAGUGCAUACAGUUUAUUAAUACAAAUAAGAAUAUUCUAAAGUCAUCUUUAACUCAGUAUGAAACAUUUUUCAUGAAACUUUAUCUAACUCAGAGUUAUGGUGUGUAAAUUAAAUAUGCCUGUACUCUUCUGAACAUAUUGUAGGUCAAUACAAGCUUGAAAGAACGGCCCAAAAUGUUAAUGCAUGUAUUUCAUUCUAGAUGUAUACCCAUAAAUGAAAAUAGAACAUAGCUUACAUGAUUUUUAGUUUUCUAGCCUAAUAGUAAGGAUGUACAUAAGUUAAUUUCAUAGAUAUAUUUCAAAAGAAUAGUGUUUUAAUUAUCACUAUAUUAAUGCUAACAUAAUGAUGCCUUGUCAAUGCUAAGAUACAUUGCUGAUAUUAUUAUUUUGUGUCUAUAAUUGUGCUAUUGUCUUUAAAUAAUAAUAUUUAAAAAAAAAAAACCUGAAUAAAGACAAAUUACAAUGAAAAGAUAUUGAUACAUACCGUA